UAAUGUCAAAGUAAAAAGAAUAAAAUGGAUAAAUUUGGUAUUUUGUUGGAAUUGUAGGGUUUUUUGUUGUUGGAAUUGUAGGCGUUAAUGGCUACGAUCACUCCAGAAAAACCACCAUAGUUGCAUGUUUGCCGCUUCCAUGGUUAAACUGUGGUUACCGCUUCCCCUUGACUCCAGCAAAUCAUCCAUUACACCCACCAACUGUUUGAGAAAAUGCCCUAACCAAAUAUCGAGCUUUGCAAAACAAGUCUUCAACGCCAUGCAAAAGCUCUUCGUGUUUUCCAAUCUAUUUUCAGCACCUCGCCGAAUGCCCGCCAACUGUUUGAGAAAAUCACAUAACGGCGUAGUAUGAGAUGAAACCAGUAAUCCACGUGUCAUAUUCUUAUAGGAGAACAUGAUCAACUGCCAUAACUAACUUCUAUAACUAACUCAUUCUAUAAAACUAGUAAACCUGUUAGUUUUGAGUUAAAGUUUCAUAUCUCUCUCUCUCAUCCAAACCAUUCCAAUUCCAACCAGAAAGAAACUUGUCAACAACACAUCAAUGACCUUCACCAGCAAAGAAUGGGAGCCUUUGCAGAAAGGUAUCACCAAAGUCUUCAACAUUGUAGAAGGGAAGGAGCCUAACUUCACUUCUCAAGAAUACAUAAAACUAUACACGAUCGUCUACAAUAUGUGCAACAAAGACAUUAUGCCUAUCUCUUCCCGAGAAGUAUCUGGCAAGUACAAGGAGAUAUUAGAAGACUACAUCAUAUCAAAAGUUUUGCCAUCUUUGCAAGAAAAGAAAGAUGACCUUUUGUUGAGAGAACUGUUCAAAAGAUGGUCAGAUUACAAAGCUAUAACCAGCCGCCUCUCAUUUUUUUCUAAUGCUCAGUUUAUUCGAAGUUUAGAGGGUAUUUCUGUUGAAGCAGUCAACUUCUCAGCCUUUAACAAAGGGGUAUAUGAAAAGAUGACUAAAGAAAUAAUGGAUGCUAUAUUUUCUGUGAUUGAUCGGAAAGUUGCAGGAGAGAUGAGUGAUCAAACAUUUGUUAUUAACACAUUGGAUUUCUACCUAAAUUUUUACAAAUGCACAAAAAAGAAGGUGGCAGAGGUACAAAGAAUGAACCGGUCGAAGAAAAUCAACUUGAUAAGCUCUGAUGGGACUGUGUUUGAAAUUGACUAUGGUGUAGCACUUAUGUCAAAAAGAUUUGAGGACAUUACUGAGACCAUAUCUGCUGGUGAUGACGUUGAUGCCAUUUGUAUUCAUAAAGUGAGUAGCAAAAUAUUGACAAUGAUUGUUGAUUACUGCAAGGAAGGGGAUGUUAAGUUUGUCGAUGCUGACCCUAGAACUCUGCUUGAUCUUACAACAUCUGCAUGCUACAUGAAAAUCGAGAGCCUGGAGAAGCUGGCAUGGAGCAAAGUAUCUGAGUUGAUAAAAGGAAAGACACCAGAGGAAAUUGCUCAGAUCUUUGGAGAUGCAGAUGACUCAAACUCCAAGUUAUUAGAAGAGAACGUACAGAAAAUGGAGUCUUUGGAGAUGUAGAUGUUUAGUUUACCAUUGAAUUAGUACAUUGAUCUAAUCAAUUUAGAGUUGACAGAAUGUUUGUAAAUAAAUCCUUAUGCAAUCGUAGAAGGCUUAAAUGAAUAAUUGAUGGUUUAGAUAAUAAGAUUUGGUAUUGUUACUAUAUUUUGAGAUUGUUAGUGGUGUGGUUUAUAGUCUUAAAAGUUAAAUCUAUGAGUACUGAAUAGAGGUUAU